AUGGCUGAUGUAGCUGACCUUAUUCAAACUCACAAAGAAACUAACGACAAAAUAGAUGACGAAACAGUGAAUAAAAUCAUGAAACUAGCCGCUUUAAAUACCCACCUGCUUUCGGAAUCCGAGAAAAAAGUUAUAUCCGAUGGUUUAAAUGCACAUAUGGCCUUUGCCAAACAUUUGUAUGAUGAAUCAGUUGAGGUUGUUGAAAAAGAAGAUAGUAACGAUUUCCAUUUCCGAUUGCUUGAGUCAGAUCACAAACAAAGUGAGCCUUUAACAUUGUCAGCACUUAAAGCUCAAAUUGAAGCUUUGAAGCCAGAUUUCGAGAAAGGAGAAGUCGGAUUUAAAGCAAACAAACCAUUCUUCACCAUUAAGAAGUAA